CUUGGGAAGCCAGGUCAGACCAGCCUGGGCUCUGUGGAGGCGACAGUCGGACCUUGCUUGCUCUUGGAGCCGUUCAGACACAAGACACGGGUCAAGAAGGCACGUCUCUAGGCGGCGCUCGCUGUCCGUGGUGCUGAACGGAGCCCUGCUCAAGUCAGGGGGCUCUUGAGCCCUUCGGAGCUGUCCGCAGCCUGCCGGUGCUGAAACCCACUGGAUUCCGGAACAGAUUCCGGAACACAUUCCCUAUUUCCCCAAGCAGGCGCAUCAAUGGGAACCGGGCAAGAGGCGCAUCUGCCCCGGGAGAAGAUGCUGAUUUAAACCCGACCGACAGCUGAGCUUCCACCAAGCCGGCUAACCCUCUCCGUUCGCCCCUUCGCCGCCUCCGGGGUCUUCCGUCGCAGGAAAACUCUCUCCGACCCAACCCACACCGCAGGCAUGGCUUUCAUGGUGAAGUCGGUGGUCGGGGGGCAACUGAAGAACCUCACGGGGGGACUCGGAGGAGGGGAAGAGAAAGGAGAAAGCGAGAAGACCCCCGCGGAGGCGCACGGGAUGACGAGGGAAGAGUAUGAAGAAUAUCAGAAGCAGCUGGUGGAAGAGAAAAUGGAACGAGACGCCCAGUUUGCCCAGCGCAAAGCUGAGAGGGCGACGCUGCGGACCCACUUCCGAGACAAAUACCGUCUGCCUAAGAACGAGAGCGAUGACAACCAGAUCCAAUUGGUUGGGGGUGACGUGGAGCUCCCCAAAGAGUUGGCCAAGAUGAUCGAGCAGGACAACGAAGAAGAGGAGGAAAAGGACUCUGUUAUCGGACAGCUCACCAACAUCCAGAACCUGGACCUGGAUUCGCUGAAGGAUAAAGCUCAGGCCACGCUAGAUGACCUGAAGCAAACGGCAGAGAAAUGCAUCCUCAUGUGACCCGGCCAGACCUCGUUUGUAGGACCGACUCUUUCCUUCCCCAACGUAAACCUGUGGCUUUAUGGGGCAGGGGGUGAGCCGUCAGCUCUCCGGAGGGAGGGAAAAGGGAUAGUGAAUGGGUUUAUGGGCAUGAUCCAGCUGGCUCCCAUUGAGUUAGUCUUCCUUCCCUCCUAGAGACGUCAACCCCUUUCCUUGACCCUGGGUCAAAAUGUGUCUUUCCCCUCCCCUGUCUGUGAACAUGAGGUGUAUUUGCCAGUCUCAGGUUAAAGAGAGAAUAUUGUCUUCCCCGUUCAGCUCACCGCGCCCGUCCAUCAAGAUGUUCGACAAAUAAGACUUCUCUUGUGUGGGCAAGACUUUUAUCGCCUCAACAAAGGAAACGGAGAAGUGAGGGAGGGGGUCUCAAGAUGACAGAUCUGGUGGUUUGGGGGCAGAAUUUGCUGUCUGACUUUCGUCGAAGGAAUGGAAGGUCAUUUCAUCACUCUUAAGAUGUAUAGAGUCCUGACCAAGUGGUCUAGGAUAGCCUGAUCUCAUCAAAUCUCAGAAGCUGAGCAGGGUUGGAUGGGAGACACACACACACACCCUCCCAGGAAGUUCAGGUUUGCUACACAAAGCAUAGCAAUGGCAAACUCCAAGUUUGUUUGUUCUGAGCUAGUCCAAGCUAGUCCAAUCAUGGAAUCUCCUAGUCCAAGCUAGUCCAAUCAUGGAAACUCAGCCAAGUUCAGGAGACCACCAAGGAAGUCCAAGGUCAUUAGACAGAAGCAGGCCAUAGCAAACCAUGUGUGUUUUGCCUCGAAAACCACAAUGGGUCACCGUGUCGGCCGUGACUCGACAGGGCUUGUCUCCGCCACCAAGAUGCGCAGGACGCUUAAAACGUUCGGAGCGCUUCGUGUGCUCUUUGACAAUCCUCACGACAGUCUUGCGAGGGAGGGCAAGGUUGUGGCUGAGGUAUGACUCGAACCGGGGGCCUGCCGCAUUGCGCUCGUCCGCCCUCCGUCCAUCCCUUCCUUGGAAAGCAAGCCAUUCGGCCCACUGAGAAGGAAACGGGUGUCGCCAGUCCGUCGAAAUGACAACUGUGUCUUCUUUGUGUCUUCCAAGAUACCCACGGGGGUGAGGGAAGAGAUUCGCUCCCUCCUUCUUCCCCCGCAGCUACAGAGCAAUAUGGAGAAGCGGAACCCCUAACUUUGCAAUUUGUGCCAUUUGCGCUGGCAAGGUUUGCGAAGGGGAGGCUCACGGGGCUGCCCCCAUUUUGCAGGUGGGGAAAACUGAGGCCGGCCGUGCCGUCUAGCUGGCCCACUCUAGGUCGUGCAACAGGGCCUGAACGGAAGUCAGAUGUCUCGGGGGGGGGGAUGGCACCAGCCCCACGUGAGUGUCAGUCGCUGGGUGCCUUGGGUCCCAUGGGGCUCAACGUCACCGCCAUGUCUGACAAGACGAUAUAUCCCCCCUACGUGUAACGAAUGUGGCCAUCAUUCUGUAUGUUGUGCUGUACUAUGCAGUGUGGCUGUUUCUCCUCUGAUGACCCCUAUUCCUUGGUACUGUUGAGACUGGGGGAAUAAAUAUCAAGAGUUCUCUAUGCA